AUGGCUACCGCCGGACCCGGAACACCUCAAAAGAUUAAAGAAAGUACAAGAUUUUAUCCAUACUUCAAGGAUGGUGUCGGAGCUAUCGAUGGUACACAUAUAUUUGCAAUGGUGCAAAAAAAAGAUGCAGCUCCUUUCCGCAACAGAAAAGGUGAUAUAUCCCAAAAUGUGUUGGCUGCAUGUAAUUUUGAUCUUGAAUUCAUGUACGUACUUAGUGGAUGGGAAGGUUCAGCUCAUGAUUCAAAGAUAUUAAAUGAUGCUUUAACAAGGAACACUAACCGACUACCAGUUCCAGAAGAAAAAGACUCUGAGGAUGUAGAACAUGUUCAAGAAGUUAAUAACAACGACGAAGAAAUUCUUGUAACUCAGGAUCAGCAAAGAGAACAUGCCAAUCAAGUGAGAGCCACAAUAGCAACAGAUAUGUGGAGAGAUUUUAUAAACGUAUGA